CUAUAAGCCUUAACUCCGUCCCCUCCUCCCGCUCCGCCUCGCUAUCCGUUUCGCUUCUCUCUUCCUUUCUCUGUAAUCUAAAAAAGAAAAGCGUAGAGAGAGAAAGAGAGAAGAGAGAGGAGAAGAAAAGCCGCAGCAGAAGCCAAUGCCCAAAAAGCCAUGUCCGAAGCCGCCGAACACUCCUCCGCCUUAGCCCUCCUCCACCACCACCACCAACCGCCGCCACAUCCGCAUGCGCAGCCUCCCGCCUCCCCUUCCGCGGCCGGCGGCAUCGUCCGAUGCUACCGCAAGGGCAACUGGACGCUCCACGAGACCCUCAUCCUCAUCACCGCCAAGCGCCUCGACGACGAACGCCGCGCCGGGGCCUCCUCCUCCUUGGCGCACUGCUCCCCCUCCGCCGCCGCGGGAGGCGGCCCCGUGGCCGUUCCCAGGUCCGCGGAGCAACGGUGGAAGUGGGUCGAGAACUACUGCUGGCGCAACGGCUGUCUGCGGAGCCAGAACCAGUGCAACGACAAGUGGGACAACCUCCUCCGCGACUACAAGAAGGUGCGCGGCUACGAGGCCCGAGCCGGCGGCGGGGAGCUACCGUCUUACUGGGCCAUGGAGCGGCACGAGCGGAAGGAGCGCAACCUCCCCACGAACCUCGCCGGCGAGGUUUUUGAGGCCCUGACCGACGUCCUAAGCCGCCGCGCCGCACGCCGGGCCAACGCCACCCCGGUCUCCUCCCGUCCACCCCCUCCACCCCCCUCGCCCCCCCGGCUGCCGCAGCCGCCUGCCAACCCUCCGCCUCCCCCUCCUCUUCCUCCUCCUCCGCCACCCCCACCACCGCCAGCACAGCCGUCUGUUUCCGUGGAGAUGUCGGAAUCGUCGGAGUCGGAGGAGAACGAGGAGGCGGGGGCGGCGGAGCCGGAGGCGAAGCGGCGCCGGCUGCGGCGGUUAGGGUCGAGCGUGGUGCGGAGCGCGACGGUGCUGGCGCGGACCCUGCUCGCGUGCGAGGAGAAGCGGGAGCAGCGCCACCGGGAGCUGGUGGAGCUGGAGGAGCGGCGUCUGCGGCUGGAGGAGGAGCGGACGGAGAUGCGGCGCCAGGGCUUCGCCGGGCUCAUCUCCGCCGUCAACAACCUAUCCGGCGCGAUCCACGCCCUUGUCGCCGACCACCGCAACGGCGACCACAGGUGAACCGCACCAGACCAGACCGGACCGGACCGUCUCCUCUCCCAAUCUGGCCCAACACGGAGUCAGUGGUUCGGUUGUAAAUAAAUGGCCUUCAAGCGGGUAUCAAUUUUUUGGGUGCGAUUAUUGAUUUGUUUCGACAUAUUA